CUGACAGCACAGAUGAAAUUGUUGAACAUGUAUAGUCAAAAGCAAACACAGUGAUGGACUUAUUAAAGACACACACAGAGCCAGAGGGGAGGGGCUCCAGUCUGGCUGCAGCUGCUGUAUUGGCUGUCUGCUCAGCAGUGGGGAGGGGCAGAGGGAGCGAGAGAGAGGGAGAGAGAGAGAGAGAGAGAGAGAGUUGGGGGAUGAGGGCAGUGCUCACGUUGGGAGAUAGGGAAAGCCCGUCACUUGUGUCUGCUGAUAAUAGCAUAUCAGCCAGAGCGCGGCUAUCGGGAGAGCGGAGCACAAGGCAGUGCGGAGGACUGAGCUGCUGAGAAUGGCACACUAGAAAGACAGGCACACUCAGAGAAACACACACACACACACACACACAGAAAUAAAUCAAGGGAAGACAGAGCGCAUCAAGACGCUCACUGAGAAGAGGAGGACAGAGAGGGGAGCCGAGCCGAGCACUUGAAAGAAGAGAGGAGAGCAAAGUGAGGAGGAGAGAAAAGUUACCAGGUCAGCAAUAGAACGUGGAAGUGGAGCAGCUGGGACUCGCAGGGGUCUCAUUCCCACAGGAGCAGUAAGCGGCACAAGAGGAGAGUGAUAUUACAUGAGGGGAUAGAGGGAGCACUGCAAGUUGUGUCUUCUGGAAAAAGCAGACCUGUCUUUAGAGAAAGGUAAUGCUCCUCACAGGACGUCUCUGCACAGCCACUUCAGAGCGAUCACAGCAAGACACUUGACCCUACUCUCUGGUCCAUUUGUGUGCCGAAGUGGAUGUAGUUGUGUUUCUCUGAGGGGUUUGCCUUCUUUUUGUUUUGUGCUCCCGAGUGAGAAGCAGGGGAGACUUUGGAGAGCGAGUUGUUUUGUCCUGUCAUCUCAGAGACUAUGGUAGACUGUGCAUCGAGGAGUACUUCAUCAGCAGCUGCAGCCCUAGAGCAUGGAGAAGUCCAGCAGUGAGGAGUCAGCCAUUCACCGUAGCCCGUCUGUAGAUAGCCAGGACUCAGAUUUUGCUCAAGCCUCUACAUCUGGUCGCCCGUUUGGCGGCCGCGGGUUCACUGCCGGCGCUUUCUACGGCUCCACGGGGCCGGGCAAAAACACACAGCAGGGGCAGGCUGGAGCGGCAGCUGACGCCAACUCGGGAGACAAGUCCACCAACAAGCUGAGCUCGCCCAAGGGCAGCAAAUACGUGGUCUUUUACCUGGAUCUAUCCUUUGUGUUCCUUUUAGAAUUCAAGAAGUGCAACAUGGCAAGAGGCUGCCUCUGCUGCUUGAAGUAUAUGAUGUUCAUCUUCAAUCUCAUCUUCUGGUUAUGUGGCUGCGGGCUGCUCGGUGUGGGCAUCUGGCUCUCUGUGUCUCAAGGCAGCUUCGCCACCUUCUCACCCUCAUUCCCCCAACUGUCAGCUGCCAACAUGGUAAUCGCCAUUGGAGCCAUUGUCAUGGUAACGGGCUUUCUCGGUUGCCUGGGUGCCAUCAAGGAGAACAAGUGCCUGCUUCUCAGUUUCUUCAUUGUCCUGCUGAUAAUUCUCCUAGCAGAGCUGAUAUUGCUGAUCCUCUUUUUUGUCUACUCAGAUAAGGUGAGUGAGAAUGCCAAGCAGGAUCUGAAGGACGGGCUCGCUCUCUACAACUCAGACAACAACAUAGGCCUGCGAAAUGCCUGGAACAUCAUCCAGGCAGAGUGGAAGUGCUGUGGUGUGAUAGCACACACCGACUGGCAUGAGGCCCUGAAGGAAAAAGUGGUGCCUGACCGCUGCUGUCAGGAGCAUUACCAGAACUGUGGACGCAACUCCACCAACAUGUUCUGGAACAGGGGUUGCUUUGAGAAGGUGGAAGAAUGGAUGGAUGAAAACAAGCAUAUGCUGGGAACUAUAGGCAUGGUCAUCUUGGUAGUGCAGUUUUGAGACGUCUUCGGAGCGGAAAAACACAAAAUGCUAAUGUUUUCCCCCUUGGGUUUGAACAAACUGUUGCUGUUAGACUGGGUGUGUAGUCUCCCGAGAGACUGUAAACAUCAAACAAGAUGUGCAUUAUAUUAUAUUAAGGAAAGGAUCGUGAUAUGUGAGCGUUAUAGGAAUUGCAGUGGAAAAACACUCGCAAUAAGUUGAUCGUGGUGAAUUUACAUUGUCAGCAUGAUUGUGAAAGGGAAACAUAGUUAAUAUUUCAUGCGAGUGGUACAGUCCAGUCGUUUCCAGUCAUUCAGGGCCUCAGAAUUGACAACAGUCUUAUUCAAGAUUGUUGUUUUUCCUCUUGAAAAUGUGAACUCAAAAAGAUUUCUCUCAGUAAAAUGUUUUUUGUAACAUGAGUAGCAUCUCCUAUGAUAAUAACGGUGUGUAUAAUUCAAAGGCACAACAUUUCCUGCCCAAAUUAAAAUGGUGCACUUGUGCUUUGUCUAAAAUCCUUUUCACAUUCAGUCUAAAAACCUUGAAUAGUGAUGCUCCGUGAUCUCCACCAGCCUCUGCUGCACUGCAUCUUCUCACCAAUGAGUAAUUAAACGUAAGCACCUACCAAACAUUUAUGUCUGCACCUCACUAUCCCGCGCUUAUAAUUCACUCAGCCACCUCCUAUGGCACAAAGCGCAUAAAACCGAUCCGACAGAUCUACCGUCAUAGUAACUUCCACCUGCUGUUCAUAAAAGCUGAAGUUCAAACACUUAAAUUCCAGCCACUUGUAAAUAUUUCCGUUCACACUCUGUCUCAUCUCCCGCACAACACGUCUUCGUAUUGACGUUUCAUGCUUCCGCCGUUCCCUCUUGGUUUAUUUGCCUUAGACUGUCUGUGACGAGCAUGACAAGUUGUCAGUUUGCCAAUCUGUGAACCCACGGUUUAUUCGGAAGGAGGUGACCUCACCAUAAAUCUCCGAGGGUUUUAAGACCCUGCACAUUUUUAAUGUCCUUGGGGGAAGAUGAUUGGGUGUUAGUUAAAAUUCACAGCCACACUAAGGCGAACUAAGUGUUGGGCCGGAUCUUGACUAACUUCAGAUUCAUGUGUAUUCACGACAAGAUUUCAUGAAGGCCCUUCAUUUAAAUUGCUGACUCUUCUUCCUGUCUGAUCCAACCACUUCCUUUUCUGAUCAUUUUGAUGUUUAAACACACACACACACACACGUAAAACACAGCUUCAAAAUGUA